UCCCACUUCCUUCUCCCUCCCAAAACCCCGCUCGUUACUCCUCUCUCCCCUUAUCCAUGUCUCUUCCUCCUCACCACCCGUUCUCCUCCAAGGUUUACAAAUCCAUGGCGUUUCCCCUAUCCUUGAGCCGAAACUUCCCCCACGCUUCUCCUCUGUCCCAUUCGAAGCCCCGAGCAUCCCCCGUCCUCUUUGCGGUCUCCACCCCGGAGAGGAAGGGCCGGAGGAAGAAGCAAUCUUCCAAGGACGACGAAUCCUCUUCUUCCUCCUCCUCCUCCUUUUCUUCAUCAUCGAGCGCCACGGUGUCGACGGCGGAGAAGGGGCUGAGGUUCACCUUCAUGGAGGAGCUCAUGGAGCGCGCCCGUAAGCGCGACUCCGCCGGCGUCACCGACGUCAUCUACGACAUGGUCGCCGCCGGCCUCAGCCCCGGCCCCCGCUCCUUCCACGGCCUCAUCGUCUCGCAAACCCUCUCCGGCGAUGAGGAGGGCGCGAUGCAAACUCUCAGAAGGGAAUUGAGUGCAGGCCUACGUCCGCUACACGAAACAUUUGUUGCUCUGAUCCGCUUGUUUGGUUCCAGAGGCCGUGCAACUAGGGGCAUGGAAAUUCUCGCAGCCAUGGAAAAAUUAAAAUUUGAUAUCCGCAAAGCUUGGCUUGUUCUUGUUGAGGAGCUGGUCAGGAACCGCUAUUUGGAUCAUGCCAAUACGGUAUUUCUUAAAGGAUCUAAAGGUGGAUUAAGAGCGACUGAUGAACUUUACGAUCUCCUCAUUGAAGAAGACUGUAAAGCUGGAGACCAUUCUAAUGCUCUGACCAUUGCAUAUGAGAUGGAGGCUGCAGGAAGAAUGGCCACCACAUUCCACUUUAAUUGUCUUCUUAGCGUACAGGCAACUUGUGGAAUACCAGAAAUAGCAUUUGCAACAUUUGAGAAUAUGGAAUAUGGUGGUGAAGAUUUCAUGAAACCUGACACUGAAACAUAUAAUUGGGUUAUACAAGCAUACACUAGAGCAGAGUCCUAUGACAGGGUGCAAGAUGUAGCGGAAUUAUUGGGAAUGAUGGUUGAAGAUCACAAGCGUCUACAACCCAAUGUGAAGACUUAUGCGUUGUUGGUGGAAUGCUUUACAAAAUAUUGUGUUGUUAAGGAAGCAAUCCGGCAUUUUCGAGCCCUUAAGAGCAUCCCUGGUGGGACAAAAGUUCUAUACAAUGAAGGAAACUUUGGUGAUCCACUCUCUCUUUAUCUUCGAGCGUUAUGUCGGGAAGGAAGAGCUGUUGAGUUGCUUGAAGCUUUGGAAGCAAUGGCUAAAGAUAAUCAACAUAUUGUACGAAGAGCAAUGAUGUUGAGCAGGAAAUAUCGCACGCUAGUGAGCUCCUGGAUAGAACCUUUACAAGAAGAAGCUGAUGUUGGAUUCGAAAUUGAUUAUGUUGCAAGGUAUAUAGCGGAGGGAGGUCUUACAGGAGAGCGCAAGCGGUGGGUGCCGCGCAGGGGGAAAACUCCUUUGGAUCCGGAUGCCCUGGGGUUUGCUUAUUCCAAUCCUGUGGAAACAUCUUUCAAACGGCUCUGUUUAGAGGAAUGGAGGAUCUAUCAUCGUAAACUCCUGAAAACUUUAAGGAAUGAGGGGCCUGCAAUUUUAGGCGAUGUUUCUGAAGCCGAUGUUCUUAGAGUAGAGGAGCGUUUGAAAAAGAUUAUCAAAGGGCCAGAUCAGAAUGUGUUGAAACCAAAGGCUGCCAGUAAAAUGGUAGUAUCAGAAUUAAAGGAGGAGCUAGAAGCACAAGACUUACCUACAGAUGGAACUAGACAAGUACUUUAUCAGAGAGUACAAAAAGCAAGAAGAAUUAACCGUUCACGUGGCCGGCCACUUUGGGUUCCUCCAGUGGAAGAGGAGGAAGAAGAGGUUGAUGAAGAGUUAGAUGAACUAAUAUUUCGAAUUAAGCUCGAAGAUGGGAACACAGAGUUUUGGAAAAGCCGUUUUAUGGGUGAAACUUUAAAUAUUCAGGAUAGGACCAUUGAUGCGGGCGAUCCAGAUAUUCCUGAUAUGUUGGAUGAUGAUGUGGUAGAGGAUGUGGCAAAAGAAGCAGAGGAAGAUGAGGCAGAUGAGGAGGAAGAAGUUGUGGAACAAACAGAAAGUCAAGUUGAAGUUGGUGAUAUUAGUAAGGACAAAGAAGUUGAGCGAGCUAAGCCUCUUCAAAUGAUUGCCAUACAACUAUUGAAGGAUUCAGAGGAAACAAAUACUACAAAAAAAUCACAGAGGGCUGCUCGGGCAUCUGUCGAGGAUGAUGAUGAUGAAGAUUGGUUCCCAGAGGAUGUCCAUGAAGCAUUUAAGGUCAUGCGAGAGAGAAAGAUUUUCGACAUACAAGAUAUGUUUACCAUUGCGGACGCUUGGGGGUGGACAUGGGAGAGGGACUUGAAGAAUAAAAUGCCUCGGAAAUGGUCACAAGAAUGGGAGGUUGAGUUAGCAAUCAAAAUCAUGCACAAGGUGAUAGAAUUGGGUGGGAUGCCAACCAUUGGAGACUGUGCCAUGAUUCUGCGUGCUGCCAUAAGGGCGCCUCUUCCUUCAACUUUCCUAACAAUAUUGCAGACAACACACAGUCUUGGUUAUGUUUUUGGAAGCCCAUUAUAUGAUGAAGUCAUCAUCCUGUGCCUCGAUCUUGGGGAAGUUGAUGCGGCUAUUGCAAUAGUUGCAGAUAUGGAGACUAGCGGAAUCAAAGUUGCAGACCAAACCCUAGACAAGGUGCUUUCUGCUAGACAAUCUGUUGAUUCUCCAACAGACGAGUCAUCUAUUAUGGAGUGAGUCAUUCUUAUGGUGACAAUUAUCAAGCCUUACUAAAGUUUGAGAACGAAUGAUAUAUUGCUAUUAAAUUGAAGCUCAAUGUGGAGUUUUGUCAAGAAGCUGCAUGCAAAUUUUGGAACUCUAGAGAGGGAAAAAAUGCAGUGAGUUCGUCAGAUUGGUUUAAUCAAUCCGUCUGGUCAUUCGUUCAUGUGUAAAUGGACCCUUUUUCUUGUUUUAUUUUGAAGGGUCAUGUUGCUGUAUACUAAGAAAAACAAGUCAUUUCUUACAAUUGUUUCAAGUGAGAAUGUAUAUUAUGGAAGGAAAAUGGGCUUUUUUUGCAUUUA